AUGUUCAAUUUGAAAGCAAUAACAUUUGUUGCAUUGUCAACUUUGUGGUUGUUGUCUAGCCCUUGUCAUGCUGACAAUGAUAUGAAUCUUGGUUCACAAUGUUCAUUAGCUGAUAAUUCUACCGCGGACAGUGAAUAUCAAACCAAUCUAUUCAAUCUACUGAAUUCACUUGCUGCUAAUGCGCCUAUCCAAAAUGGCUUCUACACGACCACCGUAGGGAAAGGUGCUAACAAGAUUUAUGGGCUUACGCAAUGUAGAGGUGAUAUUUCUUCUGCAGACUGUGCAGCCUGCAUAAAAAAUGCUGCAAUGGUGCGUGUUUGUUCAGAAGGAAAGAACUUUACCAUUUGGUUUAGGUGGUGUUUGCUACGAUACUCGAACUUGAACUUUUUCGGUGAACGAAAGCAAUCAGGAAUGGCUACGGGCUUCGAUGCUGAUUUGGAAGAUCCGAAUUUGGUUUCAGAAGCACUAAACUUUACUAACGCGCUUGCUUCAUCGACUCCAAACCAGCCUUUGAUGUUCCAGACGGCAGUGUUAGAUGUUGGACAAAGUGGGAAGAGGUAUGGCUUGGCUCAAUGCACUAGAGAUCUCAGCAAGAGUGCUUGUCGCCAGUGCUUGAAUAUUCAAUUGAAUAUUUUCAAGAAUGCAACUGGAAAUCGGAGAGGAUGGGAAAUUUAUGCGUCUAGUUGUAGCAUGUUGUAUCAUGACUACCAGUUUUACUUCCGCGCAUCAACCCCUUCAAAUGAAGGCGAGUCAUGUGAAUUACUUGUUCCUCAAGAUACACACCACAUCGCGUGGCAAUUGGCAUGGCGGUUCUAG